CCUUAAGAAACCCCAAACGCAAAAAAAAAGAAAAAAAGCCAAAACAAAAGGGAGAACCUUCUCCCCGUAGCAGCGGCAGGAACUGCAAACAUGAUGGCGGCAGCUCCCAUCCAGCAGAACGGGACCCACACUGGGGUUCCCAUAGACCUGGACCCGCCGGACUCGCGGAAAAGGCCGCUGGAAGCCCCCCCUGAAGCCGGCAGCACCAAGAGGACCAAUACGGGCGAAGACGGCCAGUAUUUUCUAAAGGUUCUCAUACCUAGUUAUGCUGCUGGAUCUAUAAUUGGGAAGGGAGGACAGACAAUUGUUCAGUUGCAAAAAGAAACUGGAGCCACCAUCAAGCUGUCUAAGUCCAAAGAUUUUUACCCAGGUACUACUGAACGAGUAUGUUUGAUCCAGGGAACAGUUGAAGCACUGAAUGCAGUUCAUGGAUUCAUUGCAGAAAAAAUUCGUGAAAUGCCCCAAAAUGUGGCCAAGACAGAACCAGUCAGCAUUCUACAACCCCAGACCACCGUUAAUCCAGAUCGCAUCAAACAAACAUUGCCAUCUUCCCCAACUACCACCAAGUCCUCUCCAUCUGAUCCCAUGACCACCUCCAGAGCUAAUCAGGUAAAGAUUAUAGUUCCCAACAGCACAGCAGGUCUGAUAAUAGGGAAGGGAGGUGCUACUGUGAAGGCUAUAAUGGAGCAGUCAGGGGCUUGGGUGCAGCUUUCCCAGAAACCUGAUGGGAUCAACUUGCAAGAGAGGGUUGUCACUGUGAGUGGAGAACCUGAACAAAACCGAAAAGCUGUUGAACUUAUCAUCCAGAAGAUACAAGAGGAUCCACAGAGUGGCAGCUGUCUCAAUAUCAGUUAUGCCAAUGUUACAGGUCCAGUGGCAAAUUCCAAUCCAACCGGAUCUCCUUAUGCAAACACUGCUGAAGUGUUACCAACCGCUGCAGCAGCCGCAGGGCUAUUAGGACAUGCUAACCUUGCUGGCGUUGCAGCCUUUCCAGCAGUUUUAUCUGGCUUCACAGGCAAUGACCUGGUGGCCAUCACCUCUGCACUUAAUACUUUAGCCAGCUACGGAUAUAAUCUCAACACAUUAGGUUUAGGUCUCAGUCAAGCGGCAGCAACAGGGGCCUUGGCUGCAGCAGCUGCCAGUGCCAACCCAGCAGCAGCAGCAGCCAAUUUGUUGGCCACCUAUGCCAGUGAAGCCUCAGCCAGUGGCAGCACAGCUGGUGGUACGGCGGGGACAUUUGCAUUAGGUAGCCUGGCUGCUGCUACUGCUGCAACCAAUGGAUAUUUUGGAGCUGCUUCUCCCCUAGCUGCCAGUGCCAUUCUAGGAACAGAAAAAUCCACAGAUGGAUCAAAGGAUGUAGUUGAAAUAGCAGUGCCAGAAAACUUAGUUGGUGCAAUACUUGGCAAAGGAGGGAAAACAUUAGUGGAAUACCAGGAGUUGACUGGUGCAAGGAUACAGAUCUCCAAAAAAGGAGAAUUCGUACCUGGCACAAGGAAUCGGAAGGUAACCAUUACUGGAACACCAGCUGCAACACAGGCUGCUCAGUAUUUAAUUACACAAAGGAUCACAUAUGAGCAAGGAGUUCGGGCUGCCAAUCCUCAGAAAGUGGGUUGAGUGCCCCGAUUGUACAUCAGAUUGUUUUAACCCCUCCUUUACCCCAUUUUCAAGAAGGAUGUACUGUACUUUGCAGAAGUGAAGUUUUUCUGUUAUUAAUAUAUAAUUAUGCAAAUGAAUGCGACUAUGUUGACAAUGUGUAUAUGUAAAUAAUAUGUGUUUUACCAGAUGUUUCAUAGAAAGAAUUUUUUCUUGAUCUGUUUUGUUCUCUAUACUUUGCUUGUGUAUAUUUGUCAGAGGUGUUUCUAGUGUAAGAUUUAAGCCUGCCAUUUUACCAGCAUUAUUGUAGUUUAAUGAUUGAAUGUAGACAGGGAUAUGCGUAUAGUUUUCAGUAUUAGUUCUAGAUAACACUAAAUUAACUACUGUUAGGUUGAGUAUGGUGGGGUCAGUGACCUAAAAUGGAGUGAGGCCAAAGCACUGUCAUGUAAGUCUUACUUCCUGCUUAGGGCACAGUGAAGUAGGAAACAAUAUUUUGAAAAUAAGUUUUAAAUUUAAAAUGAUCAAAAAGCAAUAUAGUUGCAUAAAAGCACUGUAAAAUAUUUAAAAGGUUAAAACUGUGGAAAAUUAUAUUGGUAAGUUUACAGAUCAAUAAAAGCACCUGUUCUCCAUCUGAACUAGACAAUGGAAAUAAUGCUGCAUGCUGGCCAUGGCCCAUUCUUCAUCAUUUGUAAGUUCAACAAAAGUUCUCACAUGGAGUCCCACCUCUUCAGAGGUUUGUACAUUUGUUUUUAAGCACUGAAUUCACUACUGAUCCCAUCGCCUGGCCAGUAGAACAGUCAUUACUCCAUUAACAUCCUCACUGUUUAGACACAUAACUGUGGUACAGUGUAUUGGAAAUUUUAUAAACAAAAGUGAAAGUGCCAACAAAUUAUUGAUAGCUGAUAAU